GGACUUCAGGUCCAAGGCCUUCUUCGUGGAGGAAACAGUUCUUGACAAGACCUUCUGGGCUGACAUCAGGAAGUUGACAGCCGUCAUGAAGGGGCCCUAUGAUGUGUUGUGCGAGGUGGACGAAGAUGUCCACUACUUGUCGCGCAUCUACGAUAUGGCGUGUCGACUGCCUGGCUUCGUCCGAUCAGUCCCCCUUACUGCAGAGCAGCGAGACGACAUGCUCAGGCACGUCGGGAACAGGACAGACAUGCUGCUCAUCCCCAUCCACGUUGUUGCUCGACUGUUGGAUCCUAAGUUGAGGGAUAGUACUGUUUUCAGUAAUAUCGACCUUAUGGCACAAUUUGAGAGUGUGGUUGAGAGACUCAUUGGAAAGAAGGGUAGCACAGGAUUCGAUGAGUGCAUGGACCAACUCUACCACCUCCAGUUCGGGAGAGGAGUCCUCGACACCCCACAGACAAAGAAACAGACUGCGCAGGACAAUGCGGUUUUGUGGUGGAAGGCGCACGGGGCGGGACAUCCGGAGAUCCGCGAGCUGGCGAUCAAGGACGAGGAUUUGGGGCGUGACUUGGCGAAUGUCAUCGAGGCCGUUGAUGACUACGAGCCUGCUGUUCGGGAUGUCGGUUCUGCGGUGGGCAGCACCACUGUUUGUCGUGAUCCAACUGGGCCAUCGACAUCGAGGUCCAUGCAGAGAUUACGGAAUGCGGAGGAGGUUGAGGAGGAGGAGGACAACGAGGAGGAUGACGCCGAGGAUGAGAAGGAGGAGGAACAGCCGCGUGGAGAGGAGCAUCAGGUGGAGGAGCAGCAGCCGGACGAGCAGCAAGGGAGGGAGAAACAGGUUGAGGAGGAGCAGGGGGAGGAGAAGGGGGAGGAGGAGCAGAGGGAGCAGCAAGUGGAGGAGGAGGGGGAGGAGGUGAAGCAUGUGGAGGAGCACAAGGAGGGCAUGCAGCAGGGGGAGGAGUGGCAGGUGGAGGAGCACGAGAAGGAGCAUUCGCUGGAGGAGCAUCUGGUGAAGGAGCAUCUAGUGGAGGAGCAUCUGAUGGCGAAGCAUCACGUGGGGGAGCAGCAAGUGGGGGAGCAGCAGGUGGAGAAGCGUGGGGAGGGCGUGCAGCAUCUAAGCGAGGUGCGAGUAUUUUAUGGUUCCAGUCGGCAGUCGCCUCUAGUUGGGCAGCACGGAGCACAUCCCGACCAUGUAUGGGAUCCCCUCGCCUAUCGAGCUCAGCGAGGCAGAGGGAGGUCCAUUUCGGAACAUGCGAGAGGAGGCGCUGCACAGGCUGCACGAGGCACAGGGCGAGGGAUGUCCGCUUCAGGACGUGGGAGAGGUCGGCCACGCAAGGAGAAACAACCUGUUGCGGCACCAGCAACGGAAGAGUCAGAUGACGACUUCAGGGAGAGUGCACCGCUGCACAUAUCAAAGAAGAGGAGGACAUAGGCUGCUGCAAAGAGAGACACACACACACACAGAGAGAGAGAGAGAGAGAGAGAGAGAGAGAGAGAGAGAGAGAGAGGACUUGUUGUCUUUCACUUUUUGGACCACCGUGCUUGCCGCU